CUAGUCGCCGGCCCCGCCGCCCCGGGGCGCCAUCGGGACGACGCGGCCCCGCGCGGCGCGAGGAGGAGCCAUGGGCAAGUGCAGCGGGCGCUGCACGCUGGUCGCCUUCUGCUGCCUGCAGCUGGUGGCUGCACUCCAGCGGCAGAUCUUCGAUUUCCUGGGCUACCAGUGGGCUCCCAUCCUGGCCAACUUCCUACAUAUCAUGGCUGUCAUCCUGGGCAUCUUUGGCACCGUGCAGUAUCGGUCCCGGUAUCUCAUCCUGUACGCAGCCUGGCUGGUGCUCUGGGUUGGCUGGAAUGCCUUCAUCAUCUGCUUCUACCUGGAGGUUGGACAGCUAUCCCAGGACCGGGACUUCAUCAUGACCUUCAACACAUCCCUGCAUCGCUCGUGGUGGAUGGAGAAUGGGCCGGGCUGCCUGGUGACUCCUGUUCUGAACUCCCGCCUAGCCCUGGAGGACCACCAUGUCAUCUCCGUCACUGGCUGCCUGCUUGAUUAUCCUUACAUCGAAGCCCUCAGCAGUGCCCUGCAGAUCUUCCUAGCUCUGUUCGGCUUCGUGUUUGCCUGUUACGUGAGCAAAGUGUUCCUGGAAGAGGAGGACAGCUUUGACUUCAUCGGUGGCUUUGACUCCUAUGGGUACCAGGCGCCGCAGAAGACGUCGCAUUUGCAGCUGCAGCCUCUGUACACGUCGGGGUAGCUUCUGCCCGGCACCCACCCGCGUACUUGGGCAAUUGGAGUGAGAAGCCGCAGUGUAAGGGAGCGCGGAUCACUAUGGGCAGGAGCGCCCCCUGGCGGCCCAUGGGCUAAUCGCAACUUGCGCAGCCCCUCCUGGAUCUGCGGCCCCUGGAGCAAAUGUGGACUCAGACUCAGACUUGGACUUGACCCUGGCUCUGGCCAUGGCCCUUGGCAGCUGGACUUCAGGGUUGGGGCAGGACGGGACGGGGGGAGGGGGAUUCGCUGGGUUUGUAUUUUUUUUAAUCUCAGCCUUGGCACGUGCCGGGGUCCUCCUCUUCCGCCUCGCUCCUUACCUAGUGUGUUGCCCUCGGUCCAAACAGCAAGACAGACGGACUCACCCCACCUCAUCCCUCAUUCACCUGCCCUGGGGAAAGAUACUGUGAACGAGGAGCAGGAGUCCUGGGCUCCAGCUGCAGCAGCAUCCCUGACAUCCUGGGUGACAUCUGGCAGAGCCUUUGCUCUCUCUGGGCCUCAGUUUCCCCACCUCAGAUAAUUAAAAUAAUCCCUUAGCAGAUGAUACACCUGGCAUUCUCAUGUGACUCUCAAUUCCCUGGGCCGCAGUGCAGAUAUGGACGCUAAGGCCCAGAGAUGUGAAGUGAUCUGCUUGAAGCCACACAGCAAGGCUCUAGUGGAGGCAGGCUUUGACUCCUGUGUACUCUAGUUUCAGACUCUGCAACCCAGUAUCUGGGCUCCGGACUUGGUUUACAAGCCCCCUUGUAGCUUGGACAUUCCUGUACACUCACAUACCAUUGCCACCACUCACCAGCUCCACUCUUAAAGCAAUAUUACCAGCUUCUUCUCUUGGGAACCAGACAGACAGAGCCCAAAGCCUUGAGCUCAGCCUGACCCACAGGAAGCCUUUGUAGACUCAGCCUGCCCGUCUUUGGCAAAGCUUUGAACCUCAUCUUCCAGGAAGGCAGGACCUCCACUCACCCUAUGCUCCACCAGGCCCCUAAGCCUGGAUCUCCCAUCCCAUGAACCUGUGCUGCCACCCCCUUCCCCGGCAAUCCCACUAACCCCUCCGUUCCUCCACCUACUUCACCAUUGUGGUCUCAGAGGGGAAGAGGACGGUGUCCAGAAGCAAGGCCCAGGAGUGCUGAAGGGGUAGAGUGGGGGUGUGAGUGACCAGGGUCCAGAGUCAGCACCCAACCCUUCCUGAGGACAAGCAGAGGCGGCAGAUCCUUUCCAUCACCCACCUCCACCGAUGCCCUGAGGACCCGUGUCCUGAGUACUGCUUGGUGAGUUAUGUACAGAGAGCAGACAUCACUGCCCCAACCUGUGGAACUGGAGCCACCCUGGAUUAGGAAGGUGGCUAAGGAGCACAGGGACCUAGCAGAGAGCUUGGGCAGUGCAAGACGGUUCAUGCCACACUGUGGUGACCACAUCUCUCCCCAUUCUCCACUCCAGGCUUUCCUGAACUAGGAUAGCAAGCCCACUCCACUAUCCCAUCCAAAAUGCCGCACAGAACAGCCAGGUCCAGGAGCUCCUCUGGGCAUCAGAGGUCCCUGGGUGGUGAGCCCACUCAGAGGGGACACGUUUCCUUUAGGCCAGGCUGCCUCUUCCACUGGGCCACCUACCUACAGUGCUCGCUUCUCUCAUCCCUUCCCCCAAGCCUCUUUCUACUCAAGGGUUUAGCCACUGGUGCUUGGAAGCCUUUUGGUUUUAUAAGCCGGGUUUUGCAGGGGGACUGGGUUUGCUUCUCAAUGAGACCUUGUGGACUGGGACCUCCCUGGUAUCCAUGCAGGUGGGUUGAUUAAAAAAAGUUUUCUUCACUGUG